AUGGCUGAAACCCAAUUCCUGUGUGACUUGUGCGGUCAGCGCUACUCCACCUUCGAGAUCCUGAUGACGCACAACCGCUUGAAGCACUACCAUACGAUCAAGUUCGGUUGCGGGUAUUGCAACGAAACGUUCCGGCACGAGGACGAUUUAUACUGCCAUUUUGUACUGACACAUCACGUUGAUCCGUACGCGAAGCGCCGUUGCGACAGUGCUGAAUCUGAUGAGGACGGCUACGGUCAGAUGCGACUUAUUAGUGAAAGUGAUGAUGGAGAGGAGCCCACCGAAAGCAGCGCUGAUGAUGACGACGAUGAGGAGGAGGAGGAUGAGGAGGAGGAAGACGAAAACAACGACGUGGAGCUGAGCUACAACGAGCUGUACGUGAGACGGAAACAGAGCGCCAUGACCCAGGAGGAAAUUUCGGAGCUGACGGACGAGUUCAAGAAGUCGGUCCAGUCGGCCUUCUUCACGAAGCUAAGGUUAUAG